AUGCCCACACGCUGCAUCGUGCUCUCUUGCCGCAAUGUGCGCUCUCGCCGCGAUGCGCUCUCUCGCCGCAAUGUGCGCUCUCGCCGCGAUGCGCUCUCUCGCCGCAAUGUGCGCUCUCGCCGUGAUGCGCUCUCUCGCCGCAAUGUGCACUCUCGCCGCGAUGCGCGCUCGCGCCGCAAUGUGCCUUCUAUAGCAGGAACGUCCGCUUCUGCCGCAAUAUUGUGCGCUUUCGCUGUGAUGAAAAGGGGCAGCCGUCCAUCCAAGCUUGUACGAAACGCCUGGCAGACCUACUUCAAAACAUUCAACGCUCCGUUGCCUCUGGGAGCGGUUGCGCUCAUGGGUCUGGGCGUGAGCGUGCUCACGAAGACGCUCACCUUUGCUGCUGCUUUCAGCUCCUUCGGCGAUCCCAUCCCGUGGCUCAUCGCGCUCGCAUUUUUUUUCGCCAAGGGCUUCAUCAACACGGGUCUCGGCAACCGCGUUGGUUACCAGUUCGUCGCCGCUUUCGGCAGCACGUCGCUCGGCCUGGGUUACAGCCUCGUGCUCUCGGAGGCCAUGCUCGCGCCCGCCAUCCCCUCGGUCUCCGCGCGCGCGGGCGGGAUCUUCCUUCCGCUGCUCAAGGCGCUAUGCCAGGCGUGCGGAAGCCGCACGGACGACGGCACCGAAAAGAAGCUCGGAGCAUGGCUCGUGUUGACGUGCUUCCAGACGUCCAUCGUGUCGUCCGCCAUGUUCCUCACCGGCAUGGCGGCGAACCCGCUCGCCGUGAAUCUCGCAGCGGGCGCCAUCGGCCACACGAUCGGCUGGACGGAGUGGGCCAAGGCGGCGCUGGUGCCCGGACUCAUCUCGCUCGCCGUCGUUCCCGCGCUGCUCUACGUCAUCUACCCGCCGGAGAUUAAGGCCAGCCCCGACGCGCCUAAGCUCGCGCGCGAGAAGCUCGCGGCCAUGGGGCCGAUGAGCACUAAUGAGAAGAUCAUGGCGGGCGUGCUGGUUGGCACGGUGGGACUGUGGGUGUGCGGCGGCGUGUUGGGCGUUGACGCGGUAACGGCAGCCAUCAUGGGGCUCAGCGCGCUGCUGAUCACGGGCGUGGUGACGUGGAAGGAGUGCCUGGGCGAGGGCGUGGCGUGGGACACACUCACGUGGUUCGCUGCUCUCAUCGCCAUGGCCAACUAUCUCAACAAAUACGGGCUCAUUGCUUGGUUCAGCCAGACCGUUGUCAAUCUCGUCUCCUCCAUGGGGCUGGCAUGGCAGCCAGCCUUCGGUCUCCUCGUCAUCCUCUACUUCUACUCCCACUACUUCUUCGCUUCCGGUGCCGCACACAUCGGAGCCAUGUUCGUUGCCUUCAUCUCCGUCGCCUCUGCUCUCGGCACGCCUCCUCUGCUCGCCGCCAUGGUCCUCUCGUUCAUGUCGAACCUCAUGGGUGGGAUCACGCACUAUGGGAUUGGGUCCGGCCCGCCGUUUUACGGGUCGGGGUAUGUGUCGCUCAAUGAUUGGUGGUUCUACGGGUUUAUCUGCAGCAUUGUCAAUCUGGUGAUUUGGCUUGGCGUGGGUGGCCUGUGGUGGAAGUUUCUGGGGAUCUGGUAG